AAGAAACGCUUGCCUCAGCUUGCUUUCCUAUUCACAAAUUUCGAACAAAUUGUCCACAAAUUUUCGAAGAUGACUGUACUUCAACUCAGUCAUUAGAUUUAAAUAAACAAGCCAGCGUCUUAGGCUUAAUUUGGUCUCCUGAUCAUGAUAACCUACAGUUUUCAGUAAAAUUGGACAAAAAUACUUGUGCCAUAACAAAGCGGGUAAUUUUGUCCAAUACUUGCAAAAUAUUUGACCCACUGGGCUUGCUCAGCGCAUGCACAAUAAAGCUAAAAAUAUUACUUCAAAAUUUAUGGAUUCUUAAAUUAUCUUGGGAAGAUGAAGUACCAAUGGACGUAAAAAAAAUCUGGCUUAAAUUUUUAUCAAACGUGCAUGUUCUGGCGAGCCUAAAGGUACCUAGACACGUUUUGUGUUCUAGCCCAACUUCAAUUGAGAUGCAUUGUUUUGUGGAUGCUUCUCAAGCCGCUUAUGCGGCGUGUAUCUACUUGCGGUCGACAGAUGGCGCUGGCAAUGUGACUAUUAAUCUUGUAUGUGCCAAAACGCGCGUGGCCCCAAUUAGGGCACUAUUAACGAUCCCAAAACUUGAAUUAUCGGGAGCGCUGCUAGGCGCGCGACUAGCAGCCAAGGUCACCAAUGCAUUGCGCUGUUCUCUGGAUCGCAAGGUUUUCUGGACCGACAGUUCCGUGGCGUUGGGCUGGAUACGCAACAGACCAAAACUAUUUAAGGCUUUUGUAUCGAAUCGUGUUAAUGAUAUACAUGAAUUAACUACCAGAGAUUCCUGGCGGCAUGUGCCAACCGCCUUAAAUCCUGCGGACUUGGCCUCGCGAGGAGUCGAACCUGGCCAAUUGCCAGAACUGAAUUUAUGGUGGCAUGGCCCAUCCUUUUUAUUACAUGAUGAGAGUAGCUGGCCACAGAAUAUAGGUUCUAUAUAUACCAAUUUACCUGAAAGGAAAGAGCAGAGCGAUAACUCAAUAUUUGCCAUGAUUAAUAUUGAGCAAUCGCCCUUGAUAAGAUUUGAAAACUAUUCCAAGGCAAAUAAAUUAAAACGAAUUGUAGCAUACAUCUUUCGCUUUAUUCACAACUGUAAAAACCCUAAAACUAAAACAAAAGGAACCUUAACAUUAGAAGAAAUAAACAACGCAUUAACCUACUUAGUAAAACUAUCACAAAAUCAAACUUAUGCUACAGAAUUAACUACACUUUUACAGGGAAAGAAGCUUAAAACUAAAUCAUAUCUGUUGCAGUUAGCUGCAUUUGUUGACGGUGACAGCGUAAUUAGAGUAGGUGGUCGCUUACAAAAUGCCGAUUGCGAUUACGAAAAAAAGCACCCGAUCCUAUUGGACGGUAAGCAUCACUUCACACGGCUCUUGAUGGAAGGCGAACACCUACGUCUACUACAUGCUGGCCCUCAGUUGCUCCUUAGCUCCAUACGCGACGAAUUCUGGCCAGUAGGCGGUCGGGCGUUAGCGCGUAGCGUUGUUCAUAAAUGCGUAACAUGCGUACGACUUCGAGGUGAAGCUAUGAAGCCACUGAUGGGCAAUCUACCUGCAGAUAGGGUUACUUCGUUUUACCCCUUCCAGGUAUGCGGCCUUGAUUUUGCGGGACCCUUCAUGAUUUCCAGCAAAAAGGGAAAGGGUAACCGCAUAACAAAAUGCUAUUUAAACAUUUUUGUCUGCUUUGCAACUAAGGCCGUCCACCUGGAAGCAGUCAGCGAUCUUAGCACUAAUGCCUUCAUCCUAAGCUUACGUCGUUUUGUGGCUCGUAGAUGUAGACCGCAUACAAUUUAUUGCGACAAUGGCACUAACUUUGUUGGGGCAAAUAACGAAUUGGGUAGAAUGCUAAGAUCCGCUCAAAAUUCAGUUUAUGAGUUUGGCAAUGAGGAACACAUUAAAUUCAUUUUUUCUCCUCCCUACUCUCCUACUUUCGGUGGAAUUUGGGAAGCAGCUGUUAAAUCGGCCAAGUUCCACCUAAAGCGAAUUAUGGGUAACGCUAGUCUGACGUUUGAGGAGCUGAGCACGUUAUUUUCUCAAAUUGAGUCGAUCCUGAACAGCAGACCCCUCACUCCUUUCUCGUCAGACCCUACUGAUCUUUACCCUCUGACUCCAGGGCACUUUCUGGUGGGGAGACCCAUGACUUCACUGCCGUCACCCCCCGUUUGUCUUAAAAACCCUGAUAGGUACCAGAGGAUCGAGCAGCUGCGCCAGCAUUUCUGGCAAAGAUGGCGGAACGAAUACUUGGCCGAGUUGCAGCAACGUACCAAAUGGCGCCAGAGGCAGAAGGAGCUCAAGGUUGGAGACCUGGUGGUGUUCAAGGAGGAGAACACCCCACCACUCAAAUGGAGACUCGGGAGAGUCCUACACCUUUAUCCAGGAGCUGACGGAGUCUGCAGGGUUGCAGAUUUCACCACGCAGAAGGGCGUGGUCAGAAGAGCACUCAACCGAGUGUGCCCCCUCCCCUGCAUGAACGAUCUUGAAAGCAGCAGCUUUCAAGGGGGGCAGGUUGUUAACGCACCAGCGGUCAAACCAGUCCCCGAGGGGUGAGGGCCAAGGGGCAUGAUGACGUCACGACCGCGGCGAGCACUCACCGCGCAUACCACACACGGCUC